CACGCACGACUCGCAAAAUCACAACUGACCUCUACGCCAGAGGGAGAGCACAGCAGCCUUCCGCUUUCGCUGCAACUCCAACAACAACGCAGGCGGGCAUCGCCCCAUCGGCAUGGCCGACGACGCCGCCGCCCACGACCCCGACGGGUUCAACAAGUGGUGGGAGACCUUCAACAAUGGCGGCGCCGUGGAAGAUGAGCCGAUGGUGGACUCCGACUCCGAUUUCGAGCAGGGCGCGGAGGAGGAGGAGGAUGCGGGCGUGGUGGCGGGCGAGCGCGACCGGAAGGUGGAGCCGGACGCCCUCGCCCCCGCCGGGAGGGAGGGCAGCAGCGGCGCCGCCCGCGAUUGCGACGUUGCAGAGGAGGAGAUUUCUGAGGAUGGCCAUUUUCAGCUUGAAGGUGUGCUGCAGGGAAUGAAGAGAGAAGCUGCCGCCGGACGAAAUACACCGGGGGCUACUGCAGCUGAGAUCCAGAACGAAGUAGGUCAAGAGGAGUACGUUUCUGAGGAUACCUAUGUUGGAGGUGAGUUCCAAGCAAAGAAGAGGAAAGCAACCGUGACAGCCGGCAAACUGCAGACGGUUGGAUCUGGGAUCCCAAACAAAAAUGCUCAUGGUAUAAAAAACAUCAUCACUAGCUCUUAGUACUCGCAUAUUUCAAAAUACAUCAUCACUAGUUCUUAUCAUUAUGACUAUGAGAUCGAUUGGAUUUUGACUCCUGAGUGGUGGUGCAAAUGAAAAUUGCAAUUGCGGAGGAGAUUUCUGAGGAUAGCCAUUUUCAGCGUGAAGAUGGGCUGCUGGGAAGGAACAGAGAAGCAGCCGCCAAACUAAAUACACCACGGGCUCCUGGAGAUGAGGUCCAGAACGAAGAAGAUCAAGAGUGGUAUGUUUCCGAGGACAAGAUUGGAGGCGGGCAGCAAGCAAGGAAGAGGAAAACAACAGUGGCACCCAACAAACAGCAAAUGACUGGAAUUAAGAUCUGGAAGAAAAAUGUUUAUAGUGAGUGUCUGAGAGCUGAGAAUCAGAUGCUGAGGCUGCAGCUUGUUCGCAAGACGAAAGAGCUUGAGGCUGAACAGAUUCGGAGACUCGAGCUAGAAUUGCAUUUUAUGAAAAAGGAGAACGAGCUUCUGAAGAAGCAGCUUGAAGAGUUGAAAGCUGAGAAUGAGUACUAUAAGAAGACCGCAAAGCCACAAAAAACCCGAAGGCUGUGCAGGUUCUGUAAGGAAUAUGUCGACCACGACUACCGCAACUGCCCCAAGAGACGCGCUUCCGCUUGUUCUGAAGAAGACGACGGCUCCAACUAACAUCCUGUGAAGUUAUGCUGUGUAGUACCUACCCGCUAGGAUUUAGUUCUGUAGAAUGUGCUCGUGCGGCAGUGCGCGAGCCUUUUGUUGAUUUUAGUGAUGCUUUUGCUAUUAUAUUAGCUCUAGUGGCAGCUAGUUACGGCGUAUCUUAGAAACAGAUUUGCUGCAGAACAUGAAAUUUCUGCUGCACUUGAUCUGUUCAGUCUCCUAUGAUGUUUAUGUGAACUUGAAGGUCUAGUCUGAUUAGUAUUGAAGCUUCUGGGAAACAACUUACUAGCAGAGCAAGAGUUAUUGGUUGUUCAUUACUCUGUUGCCGGUAAAUCCUCCAUUUACCUGCCAUAUGAGUAUGCACAUUGUACGAUGAUUUGACCAGGUAGUCAAAAGUCUGUGCAUUGUAGGACAAUUAUUUGACCAGACAGUCAAAGUCUGCACAAGGAGUUGUUCCUUGGCCGUC